AUGGACAGCUGGAAAGUUCCGUUUGUCGGCUACGCAACCUUUUGUGUCUACAUUGUCGCAGGAAGUGCCAACAAUGACGUCGACAGCUACAUUUACGGCAUGAGCUACUCCCCAUACCAAAUCCUAGCCUACCAUGGAGAAACCAAUACCAGCGUUCCAGUACAAACAGCGGGAAAGGUCGACGGCAACAAGAACUUCAUCGUCAUCACCAGAGAUAAGGAAUCUGUUUAUAGUCGAAAGUCUGAAUUCGGAGUAGUCAACGAACACAGCAUCUACCCUGGAUCCUUGCUGCUGGCCAACCAGAGAUUCAUCGACAACAACCCAGAUGUCUUGGCAGUUGCCCGUGCUCCCUUGACUUACGUCAUAGAUCUGCCAGGGAUGACCACAGACGGCCACUUCUCCAUUGACCCAACCUUCGCCAACUACCAAUUCUCAAAGGAGAAAGCCUUAAAGACAUGGUUUGAUAAGUACUCGAAGGAGAAUGACAUUGCUGGCGACUUCCAUUAUGUCUCUGCCUUUGCUUACAGCCAGGAAUACUUGAGAGUCAUAUUCGGUAUGGAGUUCAAGAACACCCAAGUUGAAGCCAGUAUUGAUUUCAGUGCGAUGCAGAAAUACGAAAAACUUAUCAUGGUCCAAAAGUUUAAACAAAUUUACUACACCACCUGGGUGCACCUUCAAACGAAACCUUCAGACCUUUUUUCCUCUUCAGUGACCGCCGCAGAACUUAAAAAGAAGACCAACAGCAGCAGCCCACCAGUUCUUGUUGAAAGAGUAUCUUACGGAAGGGCGGCCUACGUCAAGCUGGAGACAUCCUCCACUGACAAGGAGGCCAAGGCUAUUCUUGCUACUAAAGCAUCAAAUUGGUUUAUCAAUUCGGAAGCUGAAAUUGAAAUCAAGCUGAAGGACCUUAAAAUGCAAGUGUUUGUUCUUGGAGGAAGCACUGAGACUAUUGAGGUGAUCAACGCACAGACCUUCAAGGAUGUCCACAAUGUUCUAGUAAAAAAAUUCUCUAAAGACAAUUCGGGAUUUCCUAUCCGCUACUCGGCCAACUUCAUCAAGGACAACAUCAGAACUGUCGUCCCGAUGAGCACAGACUACAUUAAGACUACUACAACUGUAUACUCUAAGGGAGUUCUCAGGAUCACCCACAAGGGAGGAUUCGUAAUGGAGUGGGCCAUCACAUGGAAGGAGGUGAACUACGACAAGAAUGGAAACAAGGUGUCAACUGAGGUCAGCUGGGACAAGAACUGGAAGUCUUUGGCUGCUCCUUUCAGCCAGGACAUUGAACUCCCAGGAAAUGCUCAAGACAUCAACGUGUUCGCCAGGGUAGCCACCGGCCUAGCCUGGGAGUGGUGGCGCACAGUCAUUGACAUGAAAGGCAUCCCUCUAAUCGGAGAAAGAUCAAUCACAGUCUGGGGCACAACUCUCCAUCCUGAGCAUUCUAUUUCUCCCAGUGCUUAA